CCCAAAUGAAAUAGGCCAGCCCAAGGAAUCUCUUGCUCUCAAAACCAGCUGCCUUUCUUCUCCAACCACCGUACCGGAGAAGGAACAAACGCGCCAUUAACCGGGAAGCAAGCAGAACCUUUCACUCAGAAGAACGAAGCAAAGAGAUCGCACAGGUCUUUAAUCGGAGAUCACGCGUCGUAGCUAGCGACUUCGAUCGGCAAGAUGAGUUUCCUCUUCGGGAACAGAAAGACUCCAGCUGAGCUGCUGAGGGAGAACAAAAGGAUGAUCGACAAGUCAAUAAGGGAUAUAGAGAGAGAAAGACAAGGUCUUCAAACCCAGGAGAAGAAGUUGAUUGCUGAGAUUAAGAAGAAUGCCAAAAAUGGGCAGAUGGGAGCUGUAAGAGUAAUGGCUAAGGAUCUUAUCAGAACAAGGCAUCAGAUUGAAAAAUUCUAUAAGCUUAAGUCGCAACUCCAGGGUGUCUCUUUGAGAAUACAGACCCUGAAAUCGACUCAAGCAAUGGGGGAGGCUAUGAAAGGUGUGACGAAAGCAAUGGGACAGAUGAACAGGCAGAUGAAUUUGCCGUCCCUUCAGAAAAUAAUGCAAGAGUUUGAGAGGCAGAACGAAAAGAUGGAAAUGACUUCAGAGGUGAUGGGGGAUGCCAUUGAUGAUGCUCUUGAUGGAGAUGAAGAAGAGGAAGAAACAGACGAGCUUGUGAACCAAGUGCUCGAUGAGAUUGGGAUCGAUAUCAAUAAUGAGGUACUUGUUAAUGCACCUUCAUCUGCGGUCUCUGCACCAGCUGCAAAGAACAAGGUUGCGGCCCAAGCUGAAUCAACUGGGAAUCAUGAAGACAGUGGUGGACUGGAUGAUGAUUUGCAGGCAAGAUUAGAUAAUUUGAGAAGGAUGUGAUUCUCAGAGAAGAAAAUCAAGCGAAACGACUUUGUAACUAUAUGCGUGAGACCCAUGGUAAUGUUUGUGCUGGAAAUCUUUACACAGCAAACUCUUGGCUCUUUCUCAGUUAAUGAUUGUACAUAUUUGAACCCAUGCCGAUGAACUUCAACGUCUGAGUGUCUUGACACUAUCAAGCUGUCGAAAAGACACUUACUGUGUAUUUACAAAGCUUUAUGAUCUUUUAUUGAAUAAGAGUGAUACUUUACUAGCAUACUAUGAAGGAACAAGAAAAUGGUUUGAGAAUACUCAGGUACCUGAGGUUUAGACACCAUUUAGCAAUCCUACUGUAGAGAUUGAAUCACUGUCAGGCUCUAACCUGUCGAUGGAAGCCCGACAAAGGGGACACUGAGAAUGGGAGUAGAGCCACAUGUCUAUGCAAGGUGCAUGGAAAGAGUGGUUGCAGUUCGGCAGCAGCUGUAGGU